GGCACAAACGACACAGAGGCGCCGUGACAUUACGGCUGGGAAAUUCAUUGGUUUACCUGCAGCGUGCGCCGAAACAUUUCACGCUCAUUAAAGUCAGGUAGGUGCCACCAAGGUAAUUAAAGUAAUUGCUGGCGCUAUUGUCAAGAUACGAAUACUCUAAGAAUCCUCGAAUAUCGCCGCCAGACCCGCUUCAUGUCCGAGCCCAAUCGCCGACAAAUCCGUAACUUAGCUCAGAGGCGGCGAGGGGCCGGAGCUGCAACCCGGCUUUUCGAGACUAUCACAACAGGUCCGCCCUUUUAGAUAUCCAACUAUUUGCAUCAACCCGCAAUGGUAUCGCUUAACAUGCACGCCACCAAUUGCCAUCUACUGUAGUCUAAUAUCUCGAUUUGUCGCAUUGCACCAUCUCCAUGGCUUUCGUCGCGCGGGCAAGGCCCCUGGCGGUUUGCGCCAGGUGGCAGCGCACACCGAGGGCGUCACUGAGCCAAUGCACGACAUCGCGAUGCGCAUCGUCGUCAUCGUCAUCGUCAAGCCCAGUCUCGGCCUCCGAGCACCCGUUCCGGAUAGCCGUCAUCGGCUCCGGCCCUGCCGGCUUCUACACGGCGUACCGAGCCAUGUCCAAAAUCGGCAGCGCAAAAGUCGACAUGUACGAGGCCUUGCCGGUGCCCUUUGGCCUGGUACGGUUUGGCGUUGCCCCAGACCACCCCGAGGUGAAGAAGUGCCAGGAAAAGUUCGACGAGGUGGCGUCGUCGCCCGACUUCACCUUCAUCGGGAACGUGUCGGUGGGCGGGCCCAACAAGCACGCCGAGGGGAGCACCGUCCCGCUGGACAGCAUCCUGCGCCACUACAACGCCGUCGUGUUCGCCUACGGCGCCUCCAUGGACAAGACGCUUGGCGUCCCCGGCGAGGCGGCCCUGAAGGGCGUGUACUCGGCUCGCGAGUUCGUCGGCUGGUACAGCGGCCUGCCCGAGCACGCCGACCUCGCCCCGGACCUCACCCAGGGCGACGAAGCCGUCGUCGUCGGGCAGGGCAACGUCGCUAUGGACGUCGCGCGGAUGCUGCUCGAGGACGUCGACGUGCUGCGGAGGUCCGACAUCGCCGCGCACGCCCUCGACGCCCUGUCCAGGAGCAAGGUCAAGAGAGUCCACGUGAUCGGACGCCGUGGUCCCAUGCAGGCUGCAUUCACAAUAAAGGAAGUCCGGGAGCUGAUGAGACUCUCGGACGUCACCUUCCACCCCGUGGACAAGACGCUGAUCCCCGAGGAUAUCAAGAAGCUCCCGCGCGCCCAGCGGAGGCUCAUGGAGAUCCUAGUCAAGGAGUCGGACGCCGGCGUACCACCACCCGACGGCCUGCCCAGCAAGUCGUGGUCGCUCGACUUUUGCCUGACGCCCAAAGAGUUCCGGGCCAGGCACGACGACGCGUCGCGAGUCGGGUCGACCGUGUUUGAGCGCACGACGCUGUCGUCGGCGUUCGAUCCGGCGGCGUGGGCGCUGGGCACGGGCGAGAUGGUCGAGGUGCCGUCGUCGCUGGUGUUCAAGUCGAUCGGCUACAAGUCGGCGCCGCUGCCCGAGUUCGCCGACAUCGGCGUGCCCUUUGACGACCGGCGCGGCGUCAUCAGCAACGACGGCCAGGGCCGCGUCUGGCACGAGGAGCGCACGCAGGAGGCCACCAUGUCCUUUGGCCAUUUUCCGGGCCUGUACUGCGCCGGCUGGGUCAAGCGCGGGCCCACGGGGGUGAUCGCGUCGACCAUGGAGGACGCGUUCGCGACGGCCGAUGCGAUAGCCAAGGAUUUCGCCUCGGGCGCUUCGUUUCUCCGCCCGCAGCAAGCCGCCUCGGGCUGGGAGGGGGUCCGCAGCGAAGCAGGGGUUGGCAGUGCCCAAGUGGUGACGUGGGCGGACUGGCGGAGGAUCGACGGCGCUGAAAAAGAAAGGGGUCGGCCCAUUGGGAAAGAGAGGGAGAAGUUUACAAAGACGGCCGACAUGCUGGCUGUGCUCAGGUAGGGACUAGACACCCUGCCACUGCAUGGGCACGUACGUACA